AUGUCCAAACCUAUUAGUAUAAUACUUUCCACAAUGUCAGGUUUUAAAGCUUACAAAGCACAAAAUGUAGCCUAUAAGUUUUUGCACGUUUCUGCGCAUGACACACAACAACUGAACCUCACGUCCAUGGCAACAAGAAACAAUUGCGUUUGUUUAAGUUUUUACUUCUCAGACUGUUUAGUUUAAAGCACGUAAAAAGUGCAAUGCCUCCCAAAAGAAUGGAAAGGGGCGCGGAGAUGCGCUAUCAAAUAAAAAGGAAGGUAUUGAGCCUGAGCAGAAAAAACGCGAAGAAUUAACGGAGAGUGACAAAAACUUUUAUCGGGCUCAAAUACGUGAUUUGGAGGAGCGAUUGGAAAGAUACCAGCUUAAAUGUGAUGAAUUGGAGGUUAAAGAAAAGGACUUAUCCUCUAAGAUUAAUAAUGUGGAGAAAGGGAAAAAAGACAUAGUUCUCUACAUGAAACGCACACUGGCUCAAAAGGAGGAUGAAGUGAAUGAUCUGACUGAGACUUUAUCAAGACACCAGCAAGCCCAAGAGGCCGAGAGAGAAUCCUUUGAGUUACAAUUGAGCAUGCUUAGACAUGAACUUCAGGAAACUAAGGAAAAAUUCACAUCGAAGAACAUGACGCUUGCCGGUAAGCUGGCGUCUUUGGAGGACUUUUCUAUGCAGAGAGAGAAGCUUAUGGCUGAACACAGGUCGUUGGAACAGCAGCUUCAAAAUCAAAAAGAGGAGCAUCAAGCACAAAUCUAUAAUCUGGAGAAAAAAGCUAUACUGGACAAUGACAGGCUAAAGAAAGAAAUGCUGCAACAUGUUGCUGCUGUAGCAGCUGAGUUCCGGCGGUUGUCAGACCAAAAGAUGCCCGAGACGACAAUGAGGGCCAUGCAAGAGAACCUCUCUGUGACGGCACAACUCCAGCUGCUUUCAAAUAAGACCCAGGAGCUGCUGAAGGAGAAUGAUGCUCUACGAGCAAGAGAAAGGCAACUCAAAAUUGAGAAUGCCGUUACAGAACCGCUGCUGCAUGAAAUAACCAAGAAGAAUGUUGCUAAUCAAAAGGUGGUCCAUCAGUUGACAGAAAAGUGCAAGGAAAUGCAGUCUGAAGUUGAAAAAUGUGCCAAACUUAAACUGGAGCACCAAGAGCUGAUGGACAGUCAUUCUGCAAUAUCUACAGAGCUUGAUGCUCUCAGAAAGAAACAUGCAACACUUAUAGAAGAGCUGAACCAAACAAAAGCUGAAGCCAAGACACACAGGAGAGAGUUUGAAGAGGAAAGGACGCUGAGAGGACAGAUUAAUACAGUUCUUGAAGAAGCAGCUAUAGCGCUAAAAGAGGCCUUAACAGAGGUCCCUAAAGAGCAAGACUCUGAACUGAAGGUUAUUGUAAGACGAAAUCAGAUGAUGCAAAAGCUGCUGGCUGUGCUGGACAGUGCUGCAGCUUUAGGAAAAGGCCCUGUUCUUACUGAAUUGGCUUGCAGAAGUGAUCUUAAAAAAGUCUGUGAAAUGAAAAGCUCCAGACCAAGUGAACUCCAACAGAAAUCUAAUCUUUCUCACUUCGAAACUGGAGACCUGGGUUUGGUCCCUCGCAAAACACACACCACAUCAUCAAAGAUGAGAAAUCUCUCUAGGAGUGCUUAUGCCUCUCCACAUAAUAAGAAGUUAUCAAGUGAAAAAUGACUGACUUUCUCAUAGUCAUACCUCAUCACAAGCUUUGUGGGGGAUUUUUUAUUUAUUUUUUAAAUAAUACCAAAUUUAAUUGUUGUUUUCAUGUCUUGUCAUUAGGUAACAGUGUUGUAUUAUAAGGAUAGAUAAGUGAACUGCUGGCUGAAAUAGCAAUAAAGUGUCUUUUGUAAAAGGAAAAAGUCUGGUUUAUCAAGUGUUGUUUUAAUAAUUAAUAAUAAUAAUAUUAUUAAAUCAAAUGCUGAAGGAGAAAAUUAUACUUUAAUCACUAUAUAAUGAAAAAUCGCAUUGGAAAAAGGAUUUUUAAAGAUUAGUAUUGCCCCCUGCUGGCGAUGUCGUAAAUACACCAUCUGGAACUAUAGUAUCUUUCUCCAUUGACAACUUUUCAAAAACACUUUUGGGGGUUCUGCGCCAGUCAAGCAUGUUCUUUUGAGAUGAAUGAUAGCUUAUGCUGAUGAAUAUCUUUCUCUGGGUAUUGUAGGCAUUGUGUGUGUCCCUGUGGUUGGGUCAGUAAUGGCCCUACAGUCACAUAUCCGAAAUGAAAAUGUUUACACAGACGAGACUCAUUGAGAUUUUAGACUUUAUCAAGGGUUAGUUGAAAUUAUGACAAAAUAUUAGGGAAUGUGUUUCUGUUGACUUCUCAGAAAUACUAAUGUUGAGUAAGUUUAACAGAGAUAGAACUGUAAAACAUCAAUAUCUGAUGAUUAUUUAGUUAUUCAUUCUGUGGUUAACAUCAGGCCUACUUACCUUUACCAAUACAGUCAUUUCACAAAGCGUAUUUUGAUUUGUUCCCCUAUCUGUUUCGAACAAAUUCCGUUCAGUUUGACCUAUUGAGGCUGUAGUGCUGUUUGU